CUGCUCGCUCCCGCGGCCAUGUCGCCAUUUUGAUUCUAAAUUUUUGAGUUUUUCCUCUUUGCAUGCUAAACUUAGCCCCGCGUUCAUGUCGCUUCGUUCGCGUGUGUAAAUCCUUGCCUUACAUCUAAACAAUACACGAAUCCCCGCUGUGUUGAGUAGGCAUCUAACACAGCGGAGCUGCUUUUCGAUGGCUCCGAAAAGCGACAUUUGACUAGCCAAGUUGGGCUAGCUUAAACACAGCAAGACUGAGCUCCUCUUCAAAACAAAUCACUCACUGGCUAACGGACGCUAGCACCCUAAGCCUACGACGAGUUGGCCUCAUUUCUAAUGACUUUAUACUUCUUGACGACAAAACUACAUCACAUCUGAGGCAGACGGAAGGAGAAACAAUCGACUUUUAGUCGAAGUUUUCCAGGUUAUGAGUCUUUCUGCGUCUCAUCUCCUGAAGAGCCCUGCAUUUUAAGAAGAGACUGAUGCUGAUAAAUGCCAGGCCUCGCCACACUCUCUCCUGUCUGCACAAACAUAAAUGCCUGCCUGCCCCCGGGGGAGGUCUGAUUAAAGAUAUCCACAUUUCAUCCACUGGGCCGUGCCCCUCGUCCCAGCAGCCACCAUGUUUUGGAAGUUUGACCUACACACCACCUCCCACAUUGACCAGCUGCUGGACAGAGAAGACGUGACGCUGAAAGAGUUGAUGGAGGAGGACGAUGUCCUGCAGGAGUGUAAGGCCCAGAACCGUCGGCUGCUUCUCUUCCUCUCCCAGGACCAUUGCAUGCAGGAGCUGGUCAGCCUCAUCACCACAGAGCCACCGGCUGACCUGGAGGAGAGGAGCCGCUUCAAAUUUCCAAAUGUUGCGUGUGAGCUCCUAACCUCAGAUGUGUCCCUUAUCAACGAUAAGCUUGGCGGGGAUGAGUCUCUUCUUGAAAUGCUUUACCACUUCCUGGAGCAGGAUCCCCCCCUCAACCCCUUACUGGCCAGUUUCUUCAGCAAAACCAUCGGCAACCUGAUUGCCAGGAAAACUGAACAGUUGAUUACCUUUCUAAAGAAAAAAGAAGGCUUUAUUGGUCUAGUGCUCAAACACAUCGAUGCCUCUGCCAUGAUGGACCUGCUGCUUCGCCUCAUCAGCUGUGUGGAGCCUGCAUCGCUGAGGCAGGAGGUCCUGCAGUGGCUGAAUGAGGAGAAGUUGGUCCAGAGACUCACGGAGCUGAUUCAUUCUGGCAAAGAUGAAGAGAGACAAUCAAAUGCCUCCCAAACGCUUUGUGACAUAAUUCGCCUUAGUCGAGACCAGGCCAAUCAGAUGCAGGAGAACGUGGAGUCGGACCCACUAUUGGCUGUCAUAGAAAUGCAGGAGACUGUAGCAGGGCUUCUCAAAAACAUGUUUGAGGGGGAAAGGAGCGAGACUUCCAUCGUUAACGGGACUCAAGUGCUACUUACCUUAUUGGAGACCAGAAGGUCUGGGUUGGAGGGGUUGAUGGAUCUGUAUUCUCAGGGUUAUGAAAGGUCUUACACUGUCAGCAGCAGUAUUUUAAAUGCCAUCGAGUCCCAUCUAAAGGACUUCCAGCAGGUUCUUCUGGAUCCCCCUAAGAAAAGUGCAAUAUUGACGACCGUUGGCGUUCUUGAACAGCCUCUUGGGAACGCUCGCCUUCAUGUGGUUCGGCUGGUGGCUGCUUUGCUGCAGACCACUUCACCUACCAUCUGCCAGGAGCUCUGCAAUCUUACCACCAUGGACCUACUACUGGAUCUGUUCUUCAAAUACUCCUGGAAUAACUUUUUGCACUUCCAAGUGGAGCUGUGCGUGUCGGCUGUGCUGAACCAUCCGUCUUCAGAGGAGCUGUCUGGUCCGGGCCUCCAGAACCAUGAUACGAAGCCCGCUGAUACCAGCUCAGACACGCAGGGAGAGGGAGCAGAGACAAGUUCAGCCAGCGAUCCACAGACCUCUGUUCAUAACGCCCUUGUAGCACAUCUCUUCCAGAAGUGUCGCUUGGUUCAAAGGAUCCUUGAUGCUUGGGAGGAGAAUGAUAAAAUACAGGCUAAUGGUGGUACCAGAAGAGGAAACAUGGGUCACUUGACUAGAAUUGCCAACCUGGUGGUGCAGAACCUGGAGAAAGGCCCAGUUCAGACCCAGAUUGCUGACCUCAUCAAAGAGCUGCCAGAAGACUGCAGGGGUCGAUGGGAGAGCUUUGUGGACGAGACUCUGAGAGAAACCAACAGGAGGAACACGGUGGAGCUGGUAAGCACCCACAACAUGCACUCCUCCAGCGAGGACGACGACAUGGAGGGCCCCUUCCCCAACGACCUGUCCCUGCAGCAGACUUUCGCAGACUAUCAGAUCCAGCAGAUGACCGCCAACUUUGUGGAUCAGUUUGGCUUCAACGAUGAGGAAUUCAGUGAACACGAUGAAAACAUCAAUGCCACAUUUGAUAGAAUUGCUGAGAUCAACUUCAAUCUGGAUGCUGAUGACAACAGUGCCAACGCGGCAGCUUUUGAGGCCUGCUGCAAGGAAAGGAUACGCCAGUUUGAUGAUGCUGAAGAAGAGGAGGACAUUUGGGAGGAGAAGGAGAUCAACUAUGCAACACAAGCUAAAUCCAGAACGAGGUUUGGGGUCUCCCAGACUUUGGAGGGAAGCUCGAGAAGCAGCAUGGAAAACGGCGACCGGCAGCAGGACCACGGGUCUGGGUCGGACGAUGGGGACGACUCUGAGCAUAAGUCAGCAAAUCCAGAUCCUGGCUGGACGGCAGAUUUCAGGGAUUCUGGAGGGACUGGGGCGUCCCAGAGUGCAUCCGGGUGGGAGGGCCCAGCUGACACCGUGGAGGAGGCGGCGAAGAAUGGAGAUGCCCAGGGAACGGGCUGGGCCAACUUCACGGAGUUCCAGCCUUUCGAUGGGACAGAAGCUGAUCCUGAAGACAAACAAGCCAAACAAAACCACAGCAAGACUGCAGUGAGCACCUCUUGUGGCUCUCCGUCAGCAGCAGAAGGAGGGAAAGCUCCGCUCAUAGCUUCAGACAGCAGCUCCUCCGGAGGAUCCGACAGCGAGGACGAAGACAAGAGGGCACCUCCUGCUAAGGCUGCUGCAGAGAUUGCCACGGAAGCCACCUCCGAAAACAAGACACCUGACCUCAAAAGUGAGGAGAGCCUGGCCUCCCUGGAGAAACUGUCUCUGUCAGAUCCUCCUGCGAGCUCCGAGCCGCCCGCAGAUGAGCCACCUGCAAACACACCUGCCGACAGGAAAGAGACAGUGGCGCCAGCACAGGAAGUGUCUGUCAACGGGCCGGUUUGAGCAAGUUUGGGCGGGGCGUUCGCCAGCCUCCUCCAGAGCGACUCCCUGGUCUCCGGUGUUUUCACUCUGCCAUGCUAUCGGACAUGGACACUGCCAACCAACGACGAGGUGGACCGCCAGAAGCAAAACGCCACAGAGGAGAGGAAUCAUGUCAAAGCCUUUUUUUCCUGAUGUUGCACAUAAAGCUGUGCUCUUUUAAUGUAGCAGAGUUCUUUAAAAACCACAGAAUUGGAGGGAACGCCGGCCUGCGUAUUUUUUUAAGUCCUCAAAGAUUUCUCCGGUCUCCCUGGUGGGUUGGAUUUUACCCGGUCGCCCCUGAACGGAAAGCACAGGCUGACUUUUAAUGAUGCCUCAACAAUAAAUACUUGUUUUUUGAAAAUAUUCUUUUUUGUUUCCUCUUAAAGCUUAAUAAAAGCACUUAUGCAGGCAUUUACUGUACGUCCUAGCACAGCAUUGUCUUCAUGUGGUCUUCAUCCAGGUAGGGUUUCCUGUCUUUUUUGCUGCUCCUGAAGCAAACAGCAGGUCCACCAACGUCUCCAAUAGUAUUAUUGUCCUCUGCUCGUGUGCAAUAAUGUCAGCCUUUUAUUUAAAGCAAAUUCAGCCUUUUCUUUUCUCAAAAAAUCAACAUUUGUGAAAUUUGAUCUGGAUUCAAUCUAAGUGGAGAUUUCAAAUUUUUUUAUUUUUACCUUUUCUGUGCAUCUUGAAGCAGAUUUUUGUUGACCUAGCUAGUGAGCAAAGACCUUCUGAUUGUAAUGAUAUUUGAGUUCUUCAUGCUGUCUCCCUGAAAUCAACCAAACCUCAUCUACCUAUACACAAAUAUUAUCUACACUUAAAAGACCUUUAAAAAGCAAUUCCCCAUCC